AUGAAAUUUCUCGUUAUAGAUGAAACUAACCGAAUUUUAGAUAAAGAAUUGGAACUUGAUAUACGAAAAUUAGAAAGUCUUGGUUUAUCAUCACAAGAAGAACGUGUCCCAUGGAUAUUUUUCUCAACAUUUUCUAACCAAUUACAGCAAUUAGCAAAACAUAAUUUAAUAAAAAUUUGGUCAAAAGAAAACUUAGUUAAUAAAGAUGAUACUGAUAUUCAAUAUGUUCGUGUUAAUCUAUCUGGUUCACAACUUGAUCUUGUUAUUAAAAAUAAAAACGUUCAAUUUCGUUUUGUUCUUUAUCCAAUGGAUUUAACUCAUAUAUGUUGCAAUUCUAAUUAUUCCUUCAUUAUUACGAUUAAAAGAAAAUCAAAAUAUUAA